AUGGGCUCUUCCGCAAGUAAGGCGAAGCGUUUCCAGCCCGCAGCCGAGGCCGGCAAGCGCGCCAUCGAUCUGUCCGUGAAAACCAAACAUCAGCACAUUCGCCAAGAGACGGCCGACCCCAAUCGGUCGCAACCGGCUCCCAUGCCCAUGGCUUCGCAGACCAAGAACGAGGACAUUGUCAGGGACGGCGGGGACCGAGAUUUCGCGCGGCAGCUCAUGGAUCUCGGGGCCGUCAAACUGACCGAGUCUGAGGUCCAAUACAGCAAGAGCAAUCCUGUUUUGGAGGCUCUGAAGGCUCGCGAGGCCCUGGAUGAGGCCGCUGAGGCCGAGUCUGGGGACUUUAGCAAGCCCCGAACGCUCCUGAACCCGGCCACCAUCUCCGGAAUUCUCGAGUCGCAAAAGGCUGGCGAAACAGACAUCACUAGAGACUACAAUCUGGCUCCCGGAGUGGCCGACAAGUUGAAGUAUGUGAGUGUCCCCGAAUACGAGUUUCUGGAGACCGCUGCGACCGAGGGAGAACGACACAGAGAUACCUUUUCGCUGGACGGCGGCCGAGAAGACCCGGCUCUCAGCAAACUGGCCGAUUCCGGCUUUGUUCAAGUUGAAGGAAGACAUAUUUCCGAGUUUGAUAACGCCGAUUAUGUUCAGGUCGGAAAGGGCAGAAACGCUACUGCUGGAGGUCCUCAGCCUCAGGGAGUACCUGGAGAACUGCCGGACGACAUUUUUGGAGAUAUUGCUCAGGCGUUCGAAGAGCAGAAAGACGGCGCCGAGGUGCCCAAAAGUAGACACCAGCAGGACCAGGACUUCUUCAACAGGGAAAAGGAAAGACGGUAUCCCAAGAGAGAUACAAAGCCGGUCACCGUGGAGCUUUGA